AUGACUAGACGAAAAAAGAAGGAUGAAGAAGAGCAACAAGAAGAUAAAGAUGAAAGUUAUUUAUCCAAGAAUAAUGCAAAUACUACUAUAGAGCAAGAAGUACAGUACCUGAAGAAGCUAUUAGAAACAAAGAAUGAAAUAAUUUUAGAUAAAGAGAGGUAUAUCAAUCAAUUAGUUAAUGAGAACAGCCGUUUACAGGAGCAUUAUGAAUUGAUCAUUAGCAGUAUAGUGGAUAAAGAAACCAUAAUCACUUCUUUGGGGAAAAUAAAUGAAAGAGUUAAAAAAAUAGAAGCUACUACCUCAUACACCCGUUGUAAUGAUGUAAUUAAAUCAUAUAGUGGAGCUGUAAAAGAGUCAAAAAAAAGCAGAGAUGAGAAGAUUGUAGAUAAAAUUAAUAAUACACAAAAGUUGAUGAUAAAAAGUACGGACAAAUCAAACUCUAAUUGUGUUGGAAGAUUUGAAGAAGAGCAUUGA